AACAUUGUGUGAGGUUGCAGCCUUCUAGCCAGAGUGUUUAUGCUUUUAUCUAGCGUCUCGGUGCGUUUCCUGUGAAUACAACAGAAAGGGGAAAUUGCCACAGCUGGGGUGUGUCUGAAAUCCUUCAGUCCGCUGCCCGCUGGAGGAGCUGGAAGAAGCAGGGGAGUUUCACUGCUGGCUGCCCCCCAAACCAGCCAUGGCUGCUGCGAAUCCAGCACAACUGCUCCUAGGUGAAGUGACUUGUUCGGUGUGUCUAGAUUGUUUUAAAGAUCCAGUGUCUCUAGAUUGUGGACACAAUUUCUGCCAGGCCUGCAUCACUCAGUACUGGGAGGCAUUGAGUACAAACUUCCGCUGUCCUGAGUGCAGAGAAACCUUCUCCCAGAGAAACUUCAAACCAAACAGGCAGCUAGGGAAUAUUUCCAGAAAACUUAAAUGGGAGUUAACAGAAGAACGAGAAGUUGGGACGGUGUGUGAAAAACACAAGAAGGCUUUAGAUGUCUUCUGUCAAGAGGAUCAAACACCCAUUUGUUUGGUUUGCCAUCUGUCCCGAGAUCACAAAGAACACCCUGUGGUUCCCAUAGAGGAAGCUGCCGAGGAUUACAAGGACCAAAUUCGGAGCCGUUUGGAGAUUUUGAAGAUAGAGAGAGACGUGAUUCUGUCAUUUAAAUUGAGUGGGGAAAAUAAAAGCCAUGAAGUGCUGAAACAGCUGGAAACUGAGAAGCAGAAGAUUGUGUCUGAAUUUCAGCAACUGCGCCAGUUUUUGGAGGAACAAGAGCGACUCCGGCUGGCCCAGUUGGAAGAGCUGAAUCAGGAAAUUGAAAAGGGGAGGGCUGAGUAUGUUGCCAAAUUAUCUGAGGAAAUAUCUUCUUUCAGUUCCCUGAUCAGUGAGAUGGAGCAGAAGUGCCAGCAGCCAGCAAGUGAAUUAUUGCAGGACAUCAAAGGCACCUUGAGCAGAUGCGAAAGGGAGAAGUUUCAGAACCCAGUGGCCUUUUCUUCUGAACUGAAAUGGAGAAUCUGGGAAUCUUCUCAAAGAAAUGCCUCUCUGGAGACCAUAAUGAAGAAAUUCAAAGACUCUCUGUCGUCUAGACAGCAGUUGGACAAAGCAAAAGUGACUCUGGAUCCAGACACGGCCCAUCCUGAACUCAUUGUGUCUGCAGAUCGGAGAAGUGCAAGAUGGGGGGAGACACGGCAGGAUCUGCCCAACAACCCUGAGAGAUUUGACACUGAGCACUGUGUGCUGGGCUGUGAGGGAUUCACCUCGGGCAGUCAUUACUGGGAGAUGGAGGUGAAGGUGGAGGCAGAGGGGAUGGGAGACUGUGCUGUGGGAUUGGCCAAAGAGUCUGUGAGCAGGAAGGGAGAGAUCAGCCUUAACCCUGAGCAGGGGAUCUGGGCUGUGUCAUGCAGUGAGGAUUGGUGCUGGGCUCCCACAUCCCCUGAGCAGCUAAUCCAGUUCCCCCCGAGCCAGGGACCCCGCAGGAUCCGGGUUUAUCUGGACUAUGAACGGGGGCAGGUGGCGUUUUUUGAUGCUAGUCGUGGGGACCCGAUAUUCACUUUCCCGCCGGCCUCUUUCACUGGGGAGAGAAUCCGCCCGUUCUUCCGGGCUGAUCUCAAUGUGCGGCUCCUCUAGCCCCCACCCUCCUGAUCUCUAUGACAUGGAGGACUCAGCCAGUCUCCCCCUCCACAGGCAGGGCUGAAAGGGGGGUGACGCUCUACCCAUUGCUCUGUGGCUGUGGAGGUCUGUGUGAGGCUCUAGGCUGGGUCUUUAUGCUCCUUGGAGGCCAACUCUGUGUGGAGUUGGGGGGUCCCACCAAGGAAGGAGGGAGCCCCCCUGUGGGAGAGGGACCCAGCCGAGCACCAGGGAGAGACCCCUCAAAUGAAGAGGCUGUUGGGGGGAGACCGGGGAGAGGCCUCGCUGAAGAGGCUGUUUGGGACAUGGGGGGGACAGACCAGAGGGCAAACCAGGUGUCAUGUGGGGAGAGGUUCCCAGGAGAUCAGGAGCAGGUAUUGCAGGGGAAGCAGAGCUGAGCAGGGAGGACCCAGCUGCACAGACAACGUCCUGCCCCUUGGCUUGGGGGACACAGAGGCUGGGGACCUGUCGGGCCCCCCAGGGUGCAACCAAUCAGAACCCAGGACUGGAGUCCUCUGCUCCCCUUCAGCGGCUAUUCUAGCAGCGUUAGCAGGACACUGGGUGGUGGAUUCAGACUGACGAGCUCCUAAGCGCCCUGUGGGCCAGUGUUUGAGAUCUGUGAUUCCUGACACAGAGGCAAGGGAGAGAUCGGACACUGAUCUGUGGGCCAGAUGUUUCAGAGGGAUUUAGCCUUUAAAUAUCUGGUGCUGUGAGCUCUCUUGUCAGAACAAACAGCUCAAUACCCUGUGUAAUCCAAACUCAACCGAGGAAUCGUCUCUUUUCCAGCAAACAUGAAAGAAUUAAGAUGUUGACGUGAUUGUUCCCUUAGACAGUGUUAAUAGCAAAGCUAAUAUUGGUAGAUUGUGUUAUUAAGUUUAAUUGUUGUCAGGGUACAAAUUUCACUUUGUUCAUGAUUAAACUACUGUUGUAUGAGUCAGCAUUUUCUGAGGGCUCCAAGGCAGGUGCUACUUCUUAGAGCUAGGAGAAAAAUAUUUUCUCUGCCAUUUUAAUUUUAAAAAUUAAAAAAAUCGAAGAAAAUUUUAAAAAUGCUGUUUUGUUGGACAAUUUUUGUGGCAUUUUUCCUUGAAAAAAAUUAAACCAAUCGUAACAAAACAUUUUAGUUCUUUCUUUGUUAUAUUCCCCCCACCCACACUUUUCACUCUGCCUUUUCUCUCCCUUCCAUUGGAAAAUGGGAAGAGGGGAAGGAGAGAAAGAAAAGUGAGCAGAUGCACCCAAAAUUCCAAGUUUGUUUCACUUUUUCAGAAGCCAAGACUCUCAAAAGCAGUUUUUGAUUCAAAAUUUGUCAUUUAGUUUAAUCAAAAAACUGAAAAAUUUCAAAGGAAUGAAAAUUUUCCCACCACAUUUUUCAUUUCCCUUGAAAAGCCAGUUUUCAGUGGAAAAAAAUCGAACCUGUUGCGACAUUGCACCCCAUAAUGCUUUAUAGAAAGAUGCUUAUGAGUAUGAAUAUGACUUAAUUGGAAUAUGUUUUAUGCUAGAUAUGCCAAGUAACAUAUCUGAAAAGGAUAUGAUCUACUGAAUAUAUUCAUCCUAUUUGUACGCAUGUAUCAUUUUUGUAUUUGAAGUUAUGAAUAUUGCCUAUGUAUUUGUUUGAUUCUAAGUAGCCUCAGUGAAGCAUUUGGUCAGCCUCUUGAGAAAGGACUAUUCUCAGUAAGUGCCCAAUCUAGAAACACUUAACUGCCAAUGCACUUUGGUAGAUGCCAAUCCACAUCUGAGCUUUCCUAGGAAUGUUCAAAGUAACAUGUGAACAAUGGCAUUGGCCUGCAAAAAGCAGAAUCAUUCAGACAUGUGACUUGCCCAGGUGGCUAGAGACCCCAUCUUGUGGCUGUAAUGUUGCACAAGAGAAAGACUCAUUUUGUCUUCAGCUAGCUCAAGAGAGAGCCUCUCCACCCCCAAAGGAAACCUGAAAGGAACUGGAACAAAGGGCAGUACCCAGAGGGGUGUGAGUGAUUGCUGGACCCAGACUAGAAGGAGGCU